GAGGACUCCGCGGGAGAGGACGGAUCAGCCAGCCAAUGGCCAUGGCAGAUUCCCUCUGUUCUCGCGCACUUUUGCUGCUUCUGAUCCUAUCAGGUUUAGUUGUUCAGAUCCUCAGCGUUGCAGUUGGGAUCAACUAUGGUCAGAUUGCAGACAAUCUCCCAUCUCAUUCGCAAGUUGCGGUUCUCCUUCAAUCUAACAACAUUAAUAGAGUAAAACUUUAUGAUGCUGAUUCAAAUGUUCUACAGGUCUUCUCUGGUUCAAAUGUUGAGUUCUUCGUAGCAGUAGGGAAUAAUUAUCUUCAAAACAUGAAUGACCCUAACAAUGCUCUGGCCUGGUUGAAACAAAAUGUCGAGCCCUAUGUUCCCAAGACCAAAAUCACCUGCAUCGUCGUUGGAAACGAAGUCUUUGCAAGUAAUGACAACCAAUUAAAUUCUUAUCUCCUCCCAGCUAUGCAGAACAUCUACAAUGCUCUUGUUACUCUUGGACUAAAUGAUCAAAUCAAUGUCUCCACUGCACAUUCACUAACUAUCCUAGCACAAUCCUAUCCCCCUUCUUCAGGGCUAUUCCAGGCAAAUCUUGAACAAUACAUCCAACCAAUUCUCGAUUUCCAGUCUCAGAUAAAGUCUCCUGUCCUUAUAAAUGCAUAUCCCUAUUUUGCCUAUAAAGCUAGCCCAAACGAGAUUUCAUUAGAUUAUGUUCUCUUUGAGCCUAAUUCAGGGGUGACUGAUCCGAAUACAAAUCUGAAGUACGAUAACAUGUUGUUUGCUCAAAUUGAUGCUGUUUAUUCAGCAAUCAAAGCUAUGGGGCAUACCGAUAUUGAAGUUAAAAUUUCUGAGACAGGUUGGCCAUCUAAGGGUGACUCUGAUGAAGCUGGGGCUACCCCAGUAAAUGCAGGGCUUUAUAAUGGGAAUUUGUUACAGAGGAUAGAAGAGAAGCAAGGUACUCCAAUGAAACCAUCAACCCCGAUUGACGUUAUUAUUUUUGCACUUUUUAAUGAGGAUCUUAAACCUGGGGCGACUUCAGAGAGGAACUAUGGAUUGUUCUAUCCAAAUUGUACACCGGUUUACGACAUUGGUUUACAGAAUUAUCUUACUCGGAGGACUACAUCUUCAGCGUCCUCUAUUAAGGCGAUAUCGAUUUCAACUUUGCUGAUCUUUUACACAGCAUUGUUAUUCUUGGCUUGAGGGUGUCCUGUAACUAGCUUCUGGAAUAGUUGAAGUGCUAGUGGCAUUCAAAUCAUGGCCUCCUUAAUUUUAAGAGGCAGUCUUAGAGGUGAGCCACACAAUUCUUUACUAUCAUAUAACAAUGGAAAUCCCAAGUGUGAGACAUGCCAUUGAGUGGAUUUUUUCCAAUGGCU